UUUCCAUAGUUCGGCAUUGUCUGUCUUAGAAGUUUUGGGCGCCAACCUUUUUCCAAAUGCUGAGUGCUGCGUUCAUGCUCGUCUCGCGAACGCAACGAGUGCAGUCCGUUCGCUCGUCGUGUCUGGUUGCACAGCAGCGUCUGAUGCAUCAUCAUCAUCCUCAUCAUCAUCAGCAACAGAUGCAAGUGGCCAAGACCAAGCCGCAACCAUUGCUGACGAUCGCCGCCUCGUGUCUUGGCAAUCUCAACAUCCAAGCCAACCCGCGCCGUGGUGCCGCGUCUGCUGCUGCCACUACAAACACUACAACCACUAGCACUACCACUAACACCAGUACCAACGCGAGUCCGAGCCAAUCGCCGCCAACAGUCGCCCAAGCCAAGCCAUCCCUCUCGAGUAGUAGUCCGCUCGCACGCUCCAACGAGCUCAACCUGCAGAUGCUGUCCAGGCCGCUCCACGAGACCGUGUUCGGGACGCAGACACCCCAGGUGACAUGGCUGGCCGAGGCGCGCGCACACCUCAAGCAGCACGGACUGGCAGACAAGGUGGCCGACGUGAUGCCAGAGAUUGACUGGGAACUCCCGCCAUUGCAAGGCGACACGAUCGAGGAGCACUUUCGCAAAGUGGGCGCCGAGACGGCCGCGCCGUAUCAGCAGUAUGCGAUCGACUAUGCAUCAGCCGCGUAUCAGCCCUCUCCGACAGUCGACGCGUGGCGAGCGUGGCCGCAGGAGGUGCAGGAACCCGACGCGGUGAUUGCCCCGUUCGAAAACGACAACAACCAUCAACCAUCACGCAUGCCGCGGUUGCCGUUUGCGCGACAUGUGCCAGGAUCGAGCACCGACGAUAUGGUGCCGAUAGAGCAGGCAAUACCGCCCAUGCCCACUCGCUGGUCGCGCGCGGCAGGCUGGACGCGAAUCGGUCGCGACGGCGUGGUCACGCAGGUGCCCUACCCGGACUUGUCCGAGACCGCGCUCACGUUUGACAUUGAAAACUGUGUCCAAGCUGGUCCGUACCCCAUCAUGGCCGCCGCCGUGUCGGUGAAUGCGUGGUACACUUGGGUGUCGCCACAGUUCCUCCCGUGGUUGGACGGGACUGCCAACAGCACCACGCCCAAUCCGAAGAUACUCAUCCCUUUUGGCAAUGUUCGAAACGUCGUUCGGCCCGAUGACCGCGACGCGAGCAGCUCGGCGGCACCAACUGAAGGAAGCAACAACCCCCGGCAAAUUGAUCUGAACAGUGUCGAAACGGUGACGGGCCCGCCACGCCUCGUGGUUGGCCAUCGCGUCAGCUACGAUCGCGCGCGCAUUCUCGACGAGUACUUUAUUCGCGACAGUGGGCUUCGUUUUGUGGACACGGCCAGCCUGCACAUGUGCGUCACUGGCGAGCGUCGCGAGCGCGCCAACUCGCCGUUUCCCAAGCGAACGACCCUACCGACGAAUGAUCUGGCUGAUUCGGGCUCGCUCAAGGACUUGUGCCAGUUCUAUCUGGGCGAGGAGGUCUCCAAGGACGCGCGCGACAUUUUCGUGAAUGGCUCGUUGCAGGACGUGGCGGAUAACUUUGAGCUCCUGAUGGCCUACUGCGCCAACGACGUUCGGAGCACCUACCGUCUGUACGCCAAGCUCCUGCCCGCGUACAUGCACAAGUGUCCAAACCCCGUCAGUUUUGCAGGCAUGCUGGAAAUGGGCAGCUGCUACCUGCCGAUCGACGCGACGUGGUACAACUUUAUUGCGCAGGGCCAGGCCAUGUACAGCGAGAGCUCGGGUCUUGUCAACCUGAGUUUGCAGCAGAUGGCAACAGAGGCGCUGGCUCUAGCACAGGUCGACCCUGCGACAGGGCGGCCCAAGUACGAAAGUGAUCCGUGGCUGCGCAACCUCGACUGGCACGCCGAGCCCCAGCGCAUGACCAAGGAGAAGCGCAACAAGAAGGGCGAAAUCACCGAGCCUUCGCGACCAGUGAGCAAGCAGCGCUUGGCGGGCAUGCCCGAGUGGUACAAGGCGCUCUGUCCCACGGGCUCCGAUCGACCGGAAAAGCUCACAUCGCGAACCAUGGUCACGCCGUAUUUGCUCAGGCUUGCGUGGCUGGGCCACCCUGUGCGCUUCAUCAAAGGCGAAGGCUGGGGCUUUGUGUUGCCGGCCAACCAACCACGGCCACCUGGCGUUUCAACGUUGAUGCGCAGGUUUUUCCAACUUGAUUCUUCAUCUCCGACCGAGAAGGAGGAGGAGGAGGCGGCGGCGGAGGAGGAGGCCGCGGUGGCUGAGGAUGACGAGUUUGCUGAACAGCUUGAAGUCUUGGCGGGCGCGGAUGCCAACAAGGACGAUGCUGACAUGAUUGACAAUGUCUCCACCACCAUCACCACCACCACCAUGGACAACAUCGACCACGUGAACAACACACCAAAUACAACCACAAGAUCAACAACAAAAACAAAAACCAAACCAGCAACCACCGCCGCCGCCGCCGCCGCCGCCAAGAAAGACCGAAGCCACUUGGAACCCGUUCUGUUCAACGACAAGACCGUCCCAAUAACUGUGCUCCACGGGCAAGAGCCCGAUUGGCUUGUCUUCUACCGCAUUCCACACAAAGGAGGCGAGACAGUUCGCUGUGGCUCGCCUCUGGCCAAGGACUACUUGAAGGCGUUGGAAAAGGGCGUGCUGACGUCCCAGUCGGAGACGGCCUCCAAAGCGCUGGCGCUCAACACCAUGUGCGCGUAUUGGGUGGGUGUGAAUCGGCGGGUCAAGUCGCAGUUUUCCAUUCUGCAAGACAUGCUGGCCGCAAGUGGCAACGCCUUCCCAGUCGAUCCGAGCACGGUGCCGUCUGACUGCCUGCUGCCGCCGUCCACCAUCUCGAUGGGCACCGAGCCUCGCCCUCCGAGCAGCCACGGCCAGGAUCAAGCGUCUCAGCUGCGCCAGGACUUUGGCGCCAUUGUGCCUCAGGUUGUUUCGGCUGGCACCAUCACGCGGCGCGCAGUUGAGCCAACGUGGAUGACUGCCAGCAAUGCAAAGAAGAAUCGCCUUGGCUCUGAGCUGAAAAUCAAGGUGGUGGCUCCGCAAGGGUACCAGCUUGUGGGUGCCGACGUUGACUCUGAAGAAUUGUGGAUUGCCGCCUUGUUUGGCGACGCUCGAUUUGGGCUGCAUGGUGCCACUGCUCUGGGCUGGAUGACGUUGGCAGGCAAGAAGAGCGAUGGCACAGACAUGCACUCCAAAACCGCUGCCACCCUGAAGACGGAUCGUGACCACGCCAAGAUUUUCAACUAUGCGCGCAUUUACGGAGCGGGAAUGUCGUAUGCCCAAAAGCUCCUCAAGCAGUUUGAUGCCUCGCUGAGCCAGGAAGAGGCCGACAAGCGCUCCAGCGAUCUGUACGCGAGCACCAAGGGCAGGCGAGACGGCCAAAGUCGCUCGCCGUCCCAGCCCACGGGCGAGUGGCGCGGUGGAUCCGAGUCAUACACGUUCAACAAGCUGGAGCAAAUUGCAACGAAAAACCCGCGCACGCCUGCGCUGGGGUGCGAGAUUUGCAACGCUCUGCAUCCGAACGUGAUCAAGGGCGAGUUUGCGACCACGCGCGUCAACUGGGCGGUGCAGUCGUCUGGUGUCGACUAUCUGCACCUGCUGCUGACCUCGGUCAAGUGGCUGGUGCAGCGCUACAAGAUUGACGCCAGGCUGUGCAUCACCAUUCACGAUGAGGUGCGGUUUUUGGUGCGCGAAACAGACACUCUGCGCUUGGCCCUGGCCAUGCAAGUGGCCAACUUGUGGACGCGCGCCUUGUUCUCGGCGCAAGUCGGCGUGUACGACCUCCCGCUAUCCGUUGCCUUUUUCAGUGGCGUGGAUGUAGACCACGUUCUGCGCAAAGAGUCCAACCAAAUCUGCGUCACUCCGUCGCAGCCAGUCCCCCUGGCCCUCGGUCGGACGCUCGACAUUCAGCAACUGCUGUCUGAAACGGACAAUGGAAGCUGGCUGAUUCAUCCGCCACCGACACCCACCGACGCAGCUGCUCAGCUUGCUUCAACGAGUGUUCGCGGUCUAACGCCGGCUCGGACCCUUCGGCCAGCACCGCCCAACGCCCACUUUAAGCCCGAAGUCAAGAAAACAUCCGCAAAGGCUCUUAAGGCGGCAAAGGCACUGCCGACGACAAUGACCGUUGAGGUGGAUGCGAUUGACGAGCCGCUGGACGAUGAAGAUGCGGAAGAUUUCAUCAUGGAGCAAGGGCUGUCUGCGGAAGCGCUGCGUCAGCGGGUGGACAAGGCGUUGGUGGCCCUGUCUGGCUCGCAAGACACGGUUGCUGAAGACACGGUUGUCGAUUUCGAUGAGGCGCUGGAGGAUGUCGGGGCUGCGAUUCUAAGCGCAACGGAAACGCCCACCCACAACCAGUUUGCGUAUCGUCCAAACUGGCUGAAAUCGCGAGUGCAAGAGAAGGGCGCUGUUCGAAGCGCUGCAUCAGAGGUCAAGGGCCGUUCAACAGCAGCAGCAGCAACCAAGUCCACUGCUCCUGGUGCAUCGACAUCAGCAGCCCAAGCAGCUGCUGUAGCCCCACCUCUGAGCACCGCCGCAAAGCGCACUAGGCAAAAGACGGUGGUGGUGCAGGUUCCCCAUCCCGAUUCCAAAUCCGCGUUCGUAGUCAAGAAGCCCGUCGCGCGGAAACCGCGUGCCAAGACUGCUGAUGCGACUGCUGCAGAAAAACCGUCCAAGAAAGUCAAGGAUGAAGCUGACGCCACUCUGACGAAAAAGUCGCGCACCAAGCUGCCACAGGAAGCGUCGCCAACGGUUGAGCCGGAAGCGGCUGCCAAAGUUGACGCUCCCAAAGCUGCGGCAAAGUCCAAGCGCUCCAAGUCAGCGUCAGAGUCCACUAGUUCCGAGUCUGUCCCAAAACCAAAGUCGUCCACUCCCAAAACUGCGGCAAAGUCCAAAGGUUCCAAGUCUGAGUCGGCGUCCGAGUCUGCCACAAAACCAAAGGCUUCGCGUGCUCGGACGACCAAGUAAAUGUCAUUGCGUUGCUUGUCGUGUAUUCUUUCCUGUUGGUGUGUUUAUAAAUACAAGCAGUUUGACAUCCA